AUGAAUGUCGAGUACCCGAAGCAGACUACUCGCUGGGUUCAUUAUGGCAUCGUGCUGAGAUUUUUCAUCACAUACUGGCCAAGACAGGUUAAUUAUGCGGCUGAUCAUCGAAAGUUCGUCCCGCCGUCGCCGUUCUGGUGGAUCAUGACUUACGCUGCGUCUCCAGCCAUUAGCAGUGUUAACAAGAUAAUUGUAGUACUGCAGGACAAGGCGCUAUUUAUAGCGCAGCAGGACGAGCACAAUGACCAAGGCUCCUGGCCAACGCAGCUGUUGGCGGCGCUGAGCGACGACGAGAAGCUUGACGUCGCACGCGAGGUCGCUACCUACGCGAUGAACCUGGUGCUCGGCCUACAGAUCGUGCGAGCAGCGCGCGACGCCAACUAUCUGCCUCGCGCGCAAGAUGCACCGCCGCUUAUAUCUGCGCAGCUCGUCAUGCUGUCGCCGUGA